AUGCUGAAGUGUAAUCAUCACCACGAUGUCCAUUUGGAAUCAGAUUCGGUCCGAGGUCGUCGUGGAGUGAUUGAGGAGGAAAAAUACUAUAACAUUCACACACAACAACAAGAUUCACAUUUAAACAAACCCUGGGUUCCUGGGCCUUUGCCACCUGAAGAAGACCCGACUACCCGAAUUUCUAUCACCAACGAAGUUAAGGAUGUUUUGCCCUUAUAUCAAACUACAGAACGAGUUACUGAUAAACCUACAGGACGGGGUGCAAGAGCUUCAAACGAAAAUUGGAUCAAACUGCCCUUAUCUGGCCAUGAUGAACAUCAAAGAGACCAAUUACAAAGAGAUCAAUUACCAAGAGACCAAAUACAACGAGAUCAAUUACAAAGAGAUCAACUACAAAGAGAUCAAUUACAAAGAGAUCAAAGAGACGAUAUUCUGACUCCUCCACAACCUUCUGGAGAUCUGAUCAACUCACGAAUGCCAAGAGUCAACUUUGUGACUCAGAACAAAGCACUGGAAGCUUCGGAAUCUCGUAACGAUAAGGAAUCUAUUCAGAGAAGUACGAGGACAGAUGAGCUACGAACAGAAUUUGUAAGACCUGAUGAGGAAAGAGAUAGAGCGUAUAAACCGGUAUAUCCAAGGCAAGCUGUCUACAACCAGCCUGCUCCAGAAGAGUCAAGAAGAUAUUUCUAUGAUGACAGAUAUUAUCCAGUACCAGACGACCUCUAUAGAAGAGAUCCUUAUUACGACAUGAUUGACCGCAGGCGUUAUAACCCUUACGGCUCUCGAAUAGAUAGAUACGAUGACAAUUACGACAAUUACAUACCUAGAAAACCAAAAAGAAUUAUUUAUUAUGCUCAUUUGCCUGAAGUAGUUCGGACACCGCCUAGUGUGGAUUUGAGGUAUAGAUAUACCAUGGAUCCCUAUAGACGCUAUGAUGAUGACUUAUAUGCGAGAAACGGAAGGUACGACUAUAGAUUUAGAAGUAGAUAUCCUUACGCGCCAUUAAGGAAAGAUGAACGCAAUUAUAGAGACCUGGCAGGAGCUGGAACCGCGAACAAAGAUAAAAAAGUUGAAGACAAAGUAACACCUACACCAAUUUUACCACAAAAUGAAGAUAAGUUUAAGACAGGUAUAAAUGCUAAUAAAAAUCUUAUAAACAGUCAUCAGUAUCAUGAAAGUGUUGAUACUUACAAUCAACCUAUUGCGCACAAGGCCUUUCAAGAUGUAGUAAGACACGACGAUAGCUACCUCAGAUAUGAUGAAACCUUAUUCCACGGUCAUGUUGAUGAACCAUAUCAAAGAAAAUAUUAA